AUGCAACAACAGGCUAACAACCCUGCUGCACCGCAAUCUAAAGAAUCUUCAUUGGAGGAUAUGUUGAAGCAGAUGACAGCCCAAAACAUGCAGUUCCAACAAGACACCAGAUCCUCUAUUCAGAAUCUGACCACCCAGAUAGGACAGAUGGCUACUUCAAUAAACCAGCUCCAGUCCCAGAAUUCUGAUAAGCUGCCCUCUCAGACGGUUGUCAAUCCAAGAAAUGUGAGUGUCAUCACCUUACGGCCGGGGAAGCAAAUUGAUGCAGAUCAUGGACCCGAGCCAGAGCCUGAACCUGAAAAGGAGACAGAGACCACUGCCACAAGAACCUUCCAAGUACAACCACCUUCCAUUCCUCUUCCAUUCCCUCUGAAAUCUAUGCCAAGCAAGAAGAAGGAAGAGGUAGAUAAGGGAAUCUUGGAGAUAUUCAAGAAAGUGGAGGUGAACAUACCUCUACUUGAUGCACUCAAGCAAAUUCCAAGAUAUGCAAAGUUUCUGAAAGAAUUAUGCACUCAGAAAAGGAAGUUGAAGGGAAAUGAAAGAGUUCGCAUGGGGAGAAACGUUUCUGCAAUCAUAGGUAAAGCUGGUAAACCUGCUCCUGUUUCUGAUGUUCCUGAAAAAUGUGAGGAUCCAGGUACGUUUUCUGUUCCUUGUGUCAUAGGUGAUACUAAAUUUGAAAAUGCCAUGCUAGAUCUAGGAGCUUCAAUUAAUGUGAUGCCUAUGUCUAUUUUUAAAUCACUUUCACUUGGACCUUUGAAACCUACGGGUGUUGUCAUCCAAUUAGCAAAUAGGAGCACGGCACACCCUGCUGGUUGGGUAGAGGAUGUUUUGGUUAGGGUUGGUGAACUUGUUUUCCCUGCUGAUUUUUAUGUGCUUGAAAUGGAAAAAGGAUCUUCCCGUAAUACAGUUCCUAUCAUUUUGGGGAGACCAUUUUUAAAGACAGCCUGA